UUUGACAGGAAUCGGGAACAAGGAAGUUAUGCACCUGUUGCUGCUGCCUAUUUACUCAACUCUCAAAAUAUAUCACACUGCGACCUCGAUAAUUAGUGUGUUGUUAAUCCUGUCUUAGAGGUGUUGUGAAGCAGCAUGAUGGCAGAGGCAGAGGUGGAGGUGGAAGCAGCGCCCACCGAGGAGCAGCAGGAGCAGCAGCAGCUGAGCCCUUCUUCCAGCGGCCCGGAGUACACUCAGCCUGCUGCCCGCACAGAGCCCACCGAGGAGCGGGCAGCGGAAGGCGGAGCGGCCCGCUUCCAGCAGCACGAUGCCUUCCCCGAGGAGACAUCUCUGGACGAAUUCAGACUGAAAAAGUUCUUCGUGCUGAGGCCUGGCACUCUGAAUCAGGCCAUCAAAGACGUUGAAGCCCUGGUGGAUAAAGAAGUAGAUGGCAGCAUUCACAGCAUCUGGCUGAUGGCAGAGGUGGAUCACUGGAACAAUGAAAAGGAGCGUCUUGUUCUGAUCACAGACAACUCUCUCCUGGUCUGCAAGUACGACUUUGUCAUGUUCAGCUGUGAGCAGUUACAGAGGAUCCCGCUGAACUUCGUGGACCGCAUCUCCCACGGGACCUUCAGCUUCCCAAAGCGCUCCAUUCUCCGGAGAGAAGGGGAGGGGUUGCGAGUCUUCUGGGACCGGCUGAGAGAGCCCUCCUUCAUCUCCAGGUGGAACCCCUUUGCCACUGACUUCCCUUUCAUCACCUUCACCUACCACCCCGUGAGGAACAUCAGUGACUCAUUCGCUGCACUCUGUGACAUCCAGAACUUCCGUGAGAAGCUCAAAGAUGCAGCACAGAAAGUCCAUGUCAUGAAGCCAGUUCCUGGGAAGGCUAAUGGCGUCCUGGUCCUGAAUCAGCCGAUCCACAUAGAGGCCUAUGUGGGCCUCAUGUCUUUCCUCGGGAACCAGAACAAACUGGGCUACAGCUUUGCUCGAGGAAACAUUGGCUUCUAAACUCUUCAACAUUAAUAUAAAACUUCUGUUGUUCAGAUUGUUUGCUCUAAUUUAUAUGCCUCAGAUUCAUGUUCAUAAGUUUGUUUACAGACUUCAUAAUUCUUGAAGGAUUGACCAAAGGUUUUUCCAUAUUCAGGUCUGUUUUUGUUCCACGUUGAAGCCUGGAUUCCCAGGCUGAGGUGUAUGAGGUUUAAACAACUGUGUGAUCUCCCCCACUGCUUAUUACCAGUGUGUGGUGUCUGAGUACUCAGAAAUAUCCACAUUUCAACACCGCUCUUCACUGGAUGACGGAUCCCCCGCUGCUCUCAAGGAGCUUUGUACUUGCUCCUCAGUGAUAUGGUAAUUCAACUCUUUCGCAAUGGGACUCCUUUCUUCCUCCCCCAGUGUCUCUGUUAAAAGCUCAUUCCCAUGCCAUUCACCCCCUUAGAGAUUCACUGGAGCAUGGGGGCACAUUUGUCAGUUUAUCAUUUGUAGUGUAUUUUUACAGUGCAUACAGUGCUGGAAUUUCCCCUUGAUUUGUGUGUCUACUGUGUGGCUCUUCCUUGUUUAGUAUCAUCUGUUUGUUUUUUGAGCUUGUAACAGACAUGAAAAUAUAAAAUUACAUAUUUUGUUUUUUCCCUUUUUACUGGUAUAAAAAUAUACUGUUUUUAUGCAGAUUCCUACGCACUCUUUUUGUUCUGUGCACUUCAUUUGUGACUCAUCUUUUUACCUUUACCUUGUCCAAAACUUAAAGAAUUCAUACUUGCUGAAAUGUGAACGUAGAGGUGACCUUUCACCCCUCAGCAGUCCUGUUAUUGCUGCAGAACAUAAGUAAUAUUAUCACACAUUUAAAGUCAUAGUAUAAAUAGAUUAAGAUUACAGUCCUGGCUGAUGUGGCGACACCUGUGGUCACUGGUGGUAACAGCAGGUGUGGAUUGUUUGUAUAAAGAUCCCCAUUAGCUUUUGCAUUUCAGCAGUUAUUCUUCCUGAGGUCUAUAAAGUUUUUAUGAAUAAUAUAACCAUACACAUUCACACUACUCAUCCCAGUUCACAUAACACAUAAUAAUGCACGUAACAAAAACAGCUGACUCAAUUUAAAUAACACAAAGAAAAUGAGCAAUCUCCAACAGAAUCUAUCAUCAUCUAACAGAUAAUACUACAGCUGACACUCGCUGAGCAGCUACUUUGUCACCAGUCCAAUGUUUUUAAUAUAAAGUAGACAGUAUAAAGAAAAGACACCUGUAGCAUACGGCUAACUCUCACAGCAGCCGGUAUAGUGAAGGGAAUAACUGGAAGUCAGCGUCAUGGGGUUAGGAGUACGGAGUUACAGAAUAUAAAUACAGGUACAUUGAAUGGCUAAUAAGUAUGAUCAAAAACUUUGAUUUGGUUUGAUUUAAUGACGCUUCGACAGUAAAAUUGUUCACUAAUAACACAGUCUUGUUUACGAAUCACAUCCUUUCCUGAGUGACAGGAGUGAAUGCAGACAAACUAAACCAGUAUUUAGUCUCUUCAGGCAAUCUCAUCAGGAAACAAGGUUAAGUAUGUCCCAAGAAGAGUUUCCCAGGAAUACAUGCAGCUGUUAUUUCACAUGGUAAAGUAUAUGGUUUAGUUCAGGACCUUUAGUAUCAUGUAUCAUAACCUUAGGGUUUGAAGGGGUUAACAUGUUUCCUCCCAGAAUGAGGACGUGUCUCUUAUCCUGGAUCAAGGACUCCUCUGGCCUGGAGCGAGGCACCUCAUCCAUAUUUCUGCUCUGCAGGUUGUAAAAGACGUUCAGAAAACAGGAUUAGCUGCUGGAUAAAUGAGCAUUCAUAAAGUUAUGUCGCUGAGAACUUCAGCAGAGUCUCACACGUGGGUCACCUGGUGAAGAGGUGACUUUAUUUUAAGAAUAUCCAACUACGUGUGUUUAUUUUUGUUUGGUUUCCAUGGAUUACAUUUGUAGCUGUGAUCAUUUUAUUCUUUAAUUGUCAUGACAUCUUAGCUGCAGGUAAACUAGUUAUCAAAAACAUUGUGACAGUGAACACUUCAAAGACUUUCAUUAGAAAUAAUGAAGGACUUCCUGAUGUAAUAUUUGUGAUUACACUGGUUGCUGUUCAGAUGAUGCGUUGUGCAAGUUCAGUCAUGUUUAAACUUUAAUGAGGCUCCAAUCUUCGUUUUUCUCUUGUUUUUUGUCAGCCUUCAUUUUGUAACCGUUAAGAGCAUCACUUCACUUGGCUGUUGUCUAGAUGUGAUGUGACUUGCUCUUAAUGCCGGGCUGUAGGAUAAAUAUGGGCCAGUGUGUGUGUGCAGAUGUGCGUGCAGGAGGGACUGAAUUAAAGCUCUGCUUUGCUCUCAAGCAUGCAUGCACACUCUGCACAGCACUCCAGACUGACUGCUGAACUGAGACAGGACAGGUGCGCAGACCCCGGCAGUUUAAUCUAAAUAAUUUAUUAAUAGACAUAACCAACGAAUUUGCAGUGCCCUGAGUUUCAAUCUAAGGACAUACUGUAUAUGUUAGGUGUCAUUUCACCACAAUACAACAGUAGAAGAUUUACUCUGUAAAACUUUAAGCUACUCCUUAAA